CUAAACCCUAGAAAGUGUUCAUUUGAUAUUCUUGAAAAAAUAAAAUAAAAAGAGUUUUGUUUAUCAAGGGGACGGUAUUUGUCCGAUUCGUGGUUGUUCUUAGAGAUGAUUGUUAGUUCUAAUAUGGGAGCCGAAGCCGAUAUAAUUUUUCGCCACCAAGCUGUUGAUGUAAUGUCCAUCUCUACCCAGGUUUCCCGCUUCGAUUCGGUUGCAGCUUGUGCUGAGACCAUUGGUGAUGCUGUUAUCGAGACAUCUGUUGUCAAAUUUGUGCCAAGAAUUCGAUCUGGCAGCUGUGUGGAUAUUGGUCCUAGGAGAUCUAUGGAGGACGAACACAUAAGGAUUGACGACCUAUCUUCUCAUCUGGGUUCUAUCUUUAACCCUUUGAUGCCAAGUGCUUUUUAUGCUGUUUUUGAUGGUCAUGGUGGUGCUGAUGCAGCUGCUUAUAUCAAGAGCAAUGCUACAAGGUUAUUUUUCAAAGAUUUUGAUUUUCCACAGGUAGCUGAUAUCGAUGCUGUUUUCUUGAAAGCGUUGGAGGAUUCUCAUAGGAAGGCAUUUUUGCUUGCGGACCUUGCCAUGGCUGCUGAAAGCAGUGUUAGCAGUUCUUGUGGAACAACAGUGCUGACUGCUCUUGUACUUGGAAGGCAUUUGCUAGUUGCAAAUGCUGGUGAUUGUCGAGCUGUUCUUUGCCGAAAAGGUGCCGCUGUUGAAAUGUCCCAAGACCAUAGACCAUCUUACUUGCCAGAGCGCAAGCGAGUUGAGGAAUUGGGUGGCUACAUUGAUGAUGGGUAUCUUAAUGGUUAUCUUUCAGUCACUCGAGCUCUUGGAGAUUGGGACAUGAAAUUCCCUCUUGGAUCGGCAUCGCCUCUGAUUGCAGAGCCAGAUGUUAGACAGAUUGUAUUAUCAGAGGAUGAUGAAUUUUUGAUCAUUGGUUGUGAUGGCAUUUGGGAUGUCAUGUCAAGCCAGUUUGCCGUCAGCCUGGUUCGCCGAGCUCUAAGACGACAUGAUGACCCCAAAGAGUGUGCCAGAGAAUUAGUCAAUGAAGCAACGCGCUUGAAUUCAUCAGAUAAUCUCACUGCAAUCAUUAUCUGCUUUUUUACCCCUGCUUGUGUCGAGUCAUGCCCUCCCCAACGGCGGAGGUUUAGGAGCUGCAAUCUAUCAGAGGAGGCCAGGAAUAGGCUGAAGAGCUUGCUAGAAGGCAAUUGAAUUUGAAUGUGCAUACAAAUUAAUUUUCUCAUCUAUUUACCGUUUGUUACUCCUAGAGAACUUUUGCAAUCUGUUUUGGGCUGUUUCAGAGAGUUUAGAAAGGAAAACAAAAACAAAAAGCAGCCUGCGGUUUUGUAGGUGUGGGAGAGUGCUAAAUAUCGGAUUGUGUUUUUUUCUUUUAUAAUGUCUGGUGGUGUAAAACUACAUUGCAGGAUUUUUUGAAUUGAUUGUAAUGGGGUUUCUCACUGCAGAAAUGGUGUCAUAAAUUCGAUGACAUUCUUUG